CACACAAUGGCGGCUCCCAUGUGUCGGUAGAAACAACGUGAUUUUUGGCUCAUUUUUGCUAGGUUUUAACCUAAACGGACACCUUCCAACGUCAUUUUCAAUAGUUUUCGAGGCCACAGUAAGGUCCUCACAGUGAACUAACCAUCAUCUGAAAUGGCUAUAUUUAAACCCACUAAAGUUCAGACGUAUCCAAAACUUGGAGAGAAAGUGACAGAGGAUACACUGUACUGGCAGAAUUAUAAGGCUGCUGUGCAGAUUAAAGAGUUUGGUGCUGUUACAAAGAUUGACUUUUCUCCACUCCCACCUUACAAUUAUGCAGUCACAGCAUCAACUAGAGUUCAGGUAUAUGGCCCUCACUCUCAAGAGCCAAUACGGAGCUUCACUCGUUUCCGGGAUACUGCAUAUGGGGGGAGUUUCCGAGGCGAUGGGAAGCUUUUAGUGGCCGGAAGUGAAGAAGGACUCAUCCGUCUGUUUGACAUCGGCGGCCGAGUGGCUCUCAGACAGUUCAAAGGACACUCAAAGGCAGUACAUGCAACCUCCUUCCUGUCUGAUGGUUUUCGUGUCGUGUCUGGCUCUGAUGAUCUGUCGUGCCGUGUGUGGGAUGUUGCCAGUGGUGCUGAACUCAACUCAUUCACUGAACACACAGAUUAUAUCAGAGCUGCUGUUCCCAGCAAACUCAACUCGGACCUCUUUGUCACAGGUUCAUAUGAUCACACAGUGAAGUUGUUUGACGUGCGGUCGGGAGGCAGUGUGAUGACAAUGCAACAUGGCCACCCUGUGGAGUGUGUGUUGAUAUAUCCUUCAGAGGCCCUGCUGGUAUCCACAGGAGGGCGUUAUGUGAAAAUUUGGGAUCUUUUGAAAGGCGGACAGCAGCUUGUUUCUCUUAAGAAUCAUCACAAAACAGUGACGUGUGCAUGUCUGAGCUCAACAGGAAACAGACUGCUCACAGGCUCACUGGACAGGCAUGUCAAAGUGUAUAACUCCUCUUAUAAAGUUGUACAUAAUUUCGACUGUGCGGCGUCUAUUCUCAGUCUGGCUGUGGCGCCUGAUGAUGAAGUUGUUGCUGUGGGGAUGACCAAUGGCGUGUUGAGUAUCCGACACAGGAAACACAAAGAAGACAAAGAGCCAUCGACUGGUCGAAGGCGACGGGGCCCUGCAUACAGAGUCUUUGUCAAGGGGAAGAACUUUGUCCCUAAACAGGAUGACUUCUUGGUCAGUAAAGCAGUGAAACAACACCUACAGAAAUAUGACAAACAGCUAAAAAGCUUCCAGGUGUCCAAAGCUCUGGACACAGCUCUGGAGACAUGGAGACGUACCAGUAAACCGGAGGUGACUGUUGCCGUUAUAAUGGAGCUGAACCGCAGAGGAACUCUGAAGAACGCUCUCGCGGGACGAAAUGAAGAGAGCUUAACCAAAAUACUCAACUUCCUUCUCAAACACAUCACUGACCCACGCUUCUCUCGCCCACUGCUCACGGUUGCAGAUAUUAUUCUUGAUCUGUAUCAGCAGGUUAUUCCCCAGUCUCCUAUAGUAGAGCGGUUGCUACAGCGUUUGUUGGAGCUGAUGGGUCGGGAAGCAGAACUUCAGCAGGAGCUUCUUCAGGUUUUGGGCAUCUUGGACACUAUUUUCGCAUCUCUGACCCCCAGGAGAGAGGUCGCUGCCUCACAGAGCUUACAGCUACAAGCUGCCUGACUUUCAUUACAAAACUCUCUGAUCUUGUGACCUCACCGAAACAUGCUGGACUUUUACAAAUGUGGGGUGAACGGGAAAACGAAAGGAAACAAACAUGUCAGACUGCCAUGGGAAUGCUGUUGCCCAAUCAUUGAAAUGGUCAGGAAAUAAUCCCUGUGUCAGUGCGUCUUUGGUUCACAUGAGAGAAUGAGAAUAAAGAAGUGAA